UGGCAGUGACUCAGUGAAAUGCAGCAACAAACUGAGACUGCAAGACCACCGCCCCCCCUGUAGUGUUCCUUGCCGUUUCCCAGCCAGCCUGUGCAACUGGAGGAGAGAAAAGAAGAGAGGAGCUGCUUCUGCUGCCGGAGCGAUGGAGAAGAAGCGAGGAUCUUCUCAUCAGUACGGUUCACUGGAGCGCACUGAAUGGAGCGGAGACGCCAACGAACCAGAGGACGACGUGGUGUCCAUGGCAGACUCCACCAUCACUGUGGACGACAUUGAGGGGGAGCUCUUUAAGAUUGAGAGGAUCAGAGAUGUCCUGGUCAGGAGGGAGUCAGAGCUCAGAUACAUGAUGGAUGACAUUCAGCUGUGCAAGGAGAUCACUCGUCUGAAGAAGGAGCUGCAUAAACUAGUGUCCAUACCAGAUAAUGACAAGUCCAACGAGGACCGACAGAGGGAAGAAGAACUACUGCAACAGAUCCACAAGCUGGUUGAGACAAGAGAUUUCCUGGUAGACGAUGUGGAGUUUGAACGACUCAGAGAGAAAGAAGAAGAUAAAGAAAUGGCAGACUUUCUGAAGUCCAAAUUCCCCAGAAAUAUGAAGAAUUCAGGUGUAACAACCAGACAGGUGCCCUCCAGGGCUCAACAGACCUCUCCUCCCUUCACCAAGACAGGCCUCACCCUGCUGAAGGAGUGCUGUGGCUUCACAUGCUCCAUCAUGUAGACCGGAGCCAAAACGGAGAGCCCCACUGCCGGGCUGAUAAAGGAGCCACAAAACAAAAUGGCCGUUCCACAAGAGUCAAUAUUUCCAGUUUCAGCUUUUCAGUCUGAGAAAGACUUUGAAACAUGGGCAAAGUAGUACAGACGAGAAUUUCCCAGAGGGAGAGCAUAGGAUGUUCCAAAGUUGAUGUGGUGUGUAUUUAAUCCCAAGACCCAAGUUUGUCUUGAGGUGGAUCUGUUUAUCUCAUUCUCUCUUUCAUUGGAUUUCAUAUCUGACUUUAUUCUCCUUCUCUGUCUCUGCUCUCCACAUCUCUCUUCCUCGUUUUCAUUCUUACUCUUGUUAAUCAUCACUGCUCAGGCAACUUCUGCGGAUUAAGCGUUUCCAAAAGGAGCAAGCCAAUAUGCUGUAUUUAUUUGUCCUUUUUCAGACAGACAGGACGGGGUUUGAAAGGAGUACAAGUCAGGCACAUAUAAUGUAAAUACUAAUUGGAUUCAACUACCACGAUAUGCCUCCGAAUUUUAUAUUUAAAAUCUUAACUGAGCUAUGAUAACUGUCAACCCUCGAUAAAAGAAGAAGCCGUUUUGCAGGAGUCAGCAGGCCGGGUUAGACACACUGCUGGAACUUUAUAAUUAGCAUUACGGAGAUAACACUAAUGAAACUGACAUUAAUCUGGAGCUCUGUUAUGAUGAAGUUGCCUGUGAUUUGACUCCAUCCAAAAGGGUAUGACCUUUUGAAAAGUGGUGGUUUGUGAAGAAAGAGCAGAUGUCUCAGCCCGCUGCAUUUUCCUUUAAGAUUAGUUAACUAUUAUUUAUUAAUGUCUGCAAAACAUUGCAUGCUACAAUUUUUGAGAGGGUUUCUUCUUUCCCUAAUCCUCACCACUACUUUUUGACAAGACUUACCCUUCCUGCUUCAGUAUUUUAAAAGAUAUUUCUGAUGAGUAUUCAGCACAUAGUACUGAGGAGAGUAACAAAUUGACAGCAGAGGGAAAAAUAGUGAUUGCAGUGUUUCGUGGGGACACAUACCGUAUUAAAACAUACAUAGGUAUCCAUAUGGUACUAAAUGCACAUGAGCAAACCAAGGUAUCUUUAGAUGUAGACUACUUCCACAUGAAUUCGUCAUUCUUAGUCCAUUACUCUCAGUUUUGUAUCAUAUCAUCCACACGCAUAUUUCCACAAAUGAUAUGGAUUGGCACCCAACUGACACUGCAGACAACUACACCUAAUAUACAGUAUAUACCACUCCAGUGAUGACGAAAGGCAUCAUGCUCAUCACUAAGCCAAACUGGACGGUGUUUUGAGUGAGUACUUUGUGUUACAUAUAAAUCCACUGGCCCGGGGCAAAACUCUAGUGCCCACUUCCACAAUGCAUAAACAUUCUAUAUUUGCUGCCACCCCAAAAUUAAAUCUUUCUUUAUGGCCUGAUUACUGUGUGUAUCUUCAGGGGUGUCUAUAAGACUCUAUAUAAGACUGUACAGGGUGUCCAUAAGCCAGUGGCUCAUACGUUCAAGACGUGGGGCACAGGGAUGUAGUGGCCAAUCAAACUACGGAGCAAAUCUCCGUGUUGCCAAGAAGAAUAGUCGCCAUGGCAACCAUGUAUACCCCACAUCUUUACAAUGAAACAAAGAGGAAGGUUGGUUGGAUCAGAAAAAGAUGAGACUUGAUAUGUGUGACGAAAAGAAAUACUUGAGCGCUAUCAUGGUUAUCUAAUGAGAGGCAAAAAGGAAACAGAAUAAUACCGCUGCCGUCAUUUAGGUGAUUUUAAUAUUUUGGAUUCACUAGAUGGAUAAUGAAGCCCACCUAGGAUUUAGGUAAACUAAAAACAGCUCGGAGAUUGAGUAAAUGAAAGGCUGCUUUGCUUGGCUUCAAAGUAGAGAUACAUGUCUCUUUUUGUGCUAGAUGCUAAUUGAAAGCCUUUUUUUCUCUUUUUAAUCAUCAAUGAUGUUAGAUGAGACAUUCCUUGAUGAAUCUUUCAGUUUGUUUCCCAUGCCCGUUUGACACAGCGUUCUUUUUUAUGGUUUAUUCCCAACUAGUCCUUGGGAUGGCUACAUGGAUACAGAUGUCUCUUUUGUUCAAUUCCUGGAUCUUUUUAUAUUCAGUCUCAACACUGUCGCAGAAGGCUCUGGGUCACAUAUCACCCAGCAACCAUGUCUGGUGCUGUCACGGAGGUUCACAGGAGAAUUAGAUGUGUGCCAGUAAUGUUGAAAUACUGUAUUUAAUAGCCAUAGUAGAAAAGCAAAAAGAUACAGUACCAGGAGAAGACUGUUUCCUGUUAAAUGGGCGUGUGUAAGUAAUGUGCGAGAAGUCUUUGAUGAGGAAAUUUGUAUGACAGUGGAAACCAUUUUGCCAAAACAAAACCGAUGUAUUUGUAAUGAUUUGAAAAAGACAGUAAUGGUUAGUUGACCAGGCUGCAAGCUUACAAAUAUACGAAGUCCAACAUCUCAGGCAAAAGAAUCAGUUCAUACACAAAUGAAUUAUUAUGCUUUCUUGUCUGCUCCUAUGAUUGAGCUGCACACUGAAUAAAUAAUAGCUCUUUGCCCUAAAGAAGAUCUUCUUCUAAUCAGUGCGAAUUUUUUGUGUUGAGACGUUGAGUGUGUGACGUGUGUCUGUUCUUCACAUUUAGACGUAAAACCAGCUGUUCAAACCAGCUGGAGGGUAUGUUAUACUACCCCAUGACUGUGCUCUGUGUGAGUCAAGCAAGGAUUCAAGAAUUUUCUGUGGAAAAGGCUUAGAGACGUGGAAGAGACCACGGGGCCUCUUAGGAGAGACACAGUGUCACAGGAGAGGGAGUCAGGGAGGGAAAACGUUAGAAGAAGAAGAGGCUGAAGUGGCCAGAAGCAGGGGAGAUGAG